GCACCACUUAUCCGUUGGAGAACACAUGCACAGUCGAGCGUGGGACUCAACCACCGGCACCCCCUGUUCGCUCUGCCCGCUCCCGACCCUCUAGCACGUGGUCGUCGACAGAUUGAAGACCUCGACUUGCUACUUUAGAAAAUCAGAAAUUAGACGCCUAUCUACGUGCUCUUUUUGGCCACAGAUGUGAAGCGAGGCCAGCAUGACCAUGGAUGUCAAGGCAGAGCCCCAAACCAAGGCUUCGCAGGAGUGCGCCGGUUGUGGCAAGCGAAUUACGGAAAGGUUUCUUCUGAAGGCCCUUGACCUCUACUGGCACGAAGAUUGUUUGAAAUGCGGCUGCUGCGACUGUAGACUCGGCGAAGUGGGAUCAACUUUGUACACGAAAGCAAAUCUCAUCCUUUGCCGACGGGACUAUCUCAGGCUCUUCGGAAACACGGGCUACUGCGCGGCUUGUGCCAAAGUGAUCCCCGCGUUCGAAAUGGUGAUGCGCGCCCGUUCCAACGUCUACCACCUCGAGUGCUUCGCCUGCCAGCAGUGCAAUCACAGAUUUUGCGUCGGCGACAGAUUCUACUUGUGUGAGAAUAAAAUUUUGUGUGAGUACGACUAUGAGGAGAGGCUCGUGUUCGCCAACAUGGCAUACAACCCCCCUACUUUGGCUCACCUGAAGCGCCAGACCAGCCAGUUACCUCCCCCAGGCGCGGCCUCCGUGGUCAACGGCUCGUCCGCGCAGUCCCGCCUACACCCAGGCAUAAACCUGCCCGGCGGCCCUCUCGGCGGUGGGCCCCCUCUGCCGCCCCUCCACGGGGACUCCCUGCCCCCCGACCAGCAGCGGCGCCUUCAGAACGGCAACGACGGCGGCGGCAUCUCGGGAAACGGAUUCGUCAAUCCCGGCGGCGGCGUGGACCACCUCGGCCCCUUCGAUUCCAAAUGAGACUUUCUGAAAAAGAUAAGGAAACGGAACUAGUCGCAUAUCAAAUUUGUCACAAUUAGCAGCUGUGCAAAAUUAAAUGCUCUGAGAGUCUAAAUGUUCAAGCAAAUGGGACUCUUUCUAAGUCAGUGUGUUCCAGUAAAAAUUCCGGUAGCCACAAAUUGUGUGGAAUGAUUUUGUUGUUGAUCUCGUUAAUCACACUGUAAAGGGUAUUUAUAAAUGUAAGCACUCUGUUUAUGUUUUAAUUCAUUGUGAUACUCAAAUGCCAAACUAUAAAGCAUUAAUUGCUGUGUAAACUCUAACUUUGAUGGAAAUGUAAAUGAGAAUUAUGGUUAUAGGCUUAAAUAAAUGGACAAACGUUAUUAAAUGUAAUUAACACACACGAGUAUUGUAAAUGGCAAGCAAACCACUUAUGUAAAUUAAAUAUAUCAAAAAUACAAAUGUUAUAUUUAUUCCAUCCUGAUGGUGUCUUGACUUAUGGAUUUGCACAAAAAUAUCAACUCCCUAGUUGAAAUUGGAUGCAGAUGUUUGAAUAAAAGUCAAGUCAUUUUUAACUUUGAGACACCCACUGUAAAGAACAGUCGUUAUUUCUGCAAAAACCUGGCUAAUAAUAAUAAUUCCAUGAAUCACUC